CGCCGACGCCAGUGAAAUAUGCGAAGUUUUAGGAAAUAGCAAUAAGUUAUGCAUAUUAUAAGUCAAGAUGAAUGGAAAAGGCGGCAAAGUCCCGUCGUCAGUGGCGCGCCACUCGACGUACAACGCGAUCGCACUGGAGCAGAUCAAAAACGAAUUGAUGCCCUACGAGACGGGCCAGCCGUUGGGUGGUAGUCAGAUCACAGCCCCUCUGAAGCGCAAACCGAGCAUCGAGAAGGAUGCACCCCAAUCGCCGCUGCACAUGCAGCGAACCAGCCCAGCCCUCGAUUCCGGGGCCGGCAGCUCGCGAUCGAAUAGUCCGCACUCGCAGCAACCGUUCGUCGCGCUCGGGCGCAGCUCGCAAUACUCACCGUCGCCGUGCCCGACGAACUUUAGCGAUGCGCCUCCGAUCCCCCCGCCCCGCUGUUCUUCGACACCGUCGACUCCGCAGCCACCGAACCCGAUGCAUCUGCUGAAGCGCAUGUCGCCGGCAUCGGUGGCUUCGGGGCGGAACGGUCAGUUCGGUGCAUCGCAGUCGCCGGCCCGCGGUUCGUCGCCCAUCUCGAGCACCAACCAGCUCCGGCAACCGAUCAUCGUGCAGAACGGGCCGCAGGUGCAGCAGCAACUGAGCCAGCAGAUGGCCGUGUACACGGGAAGCGAACCGCCACCACCGUACCCGCAGAUCGGCCCAUCGUCCCCGCCAAACUAUUUGACGUCGUUUCACAGCCGCCAAAGUCCGACCCAAUCGUCGCAGGAUUUUCGCAAAAGCCCCAGCUCCGGCUUUUACUCGAACACCUCGAUCGGGUCGUCCAGCCCGAUCCCCGUCUCGCAACCGGGCGGAGGUGUCGGCUCAUCCGGCGGCUCGUCCGCGGCAUGCGGCGGCUCGAUUCAGCGUCCGAUACCGUUGCAACCGAAACCGUCGGCGCAUGCGGGGCCACCGCCACCGAAGAGUGCCCAGCAUCCGAUCAUCAUGCAUUCGGUCAAAUCGACGCAGGUCCAGAAGCCGAUCCUGCAGACGGCCGUGGCGCCACCGGCACCGGCCGGCGCUGGCGGAGGCCAUCCACUGCAAGCCAUCGAUCGGCACAAUCCACCACCACCAUCGUAUGCCGUCUCGGUGCAACACAAGCUCAGCAAGGCGUCCGGCUACGGGAUGGCUACCAGCGUUACACCACCGCCACCGUCACCAUCUGCCAUGAGCGCGCACGAUACCACGAGACCACUGGCCGGCGGGUCCUCCUCCGUCGGUCCGAAGCAACCACCACAGCAGCUUCGCGCCAAACUCACGCUGCCCGGUAUGCGGGAGCAUCCCACGAACGCCGGUACACCACCGUCGGCUAACGGCGGUGGCGGCGGCGGCGGAUCGUCGUCGUCUUCGUCCGGUGGCGGCAGUGGCGGGAACUCCCCGCACGAUCCGCCGUCCUACGAUUCGACGAUGAUUCUGCUGCAAAAACACUCGUCGCCCGGCAAAAAAGAACCCCCGCCCUAUCUGCAUGAUGGAGGGUCGGCGCCUCCACUGCCACCGCCACCCAACUGCCACGACCAGGCCGCGGCGGCGGCAGCAACCAACGAUCACAGCAAUGGCCUCGAGCAUCACCAGCAUCAUCAUCAGCUAAGGGCCGGAAGUGCCGGCAGUGUUGGUGCCAGUGGCGGUCACAAUCUGGGGAUGAGCGAGAGUGGCGGAGUGCCAAACGGAGGCAACCAUCUGCCACCCAGCGGCAGCGGCGGCGUCAACAGCAGUAGUAGUCAUAAUGCUAACGCGAAUAAUAUUAACAACAACAACACUAAUGCUAAUGCAAAUAAUAAUAAUAAUAAUAUGAAUAGUAUGCAUAAUCACAAUAAUCACGAUACUAGCACGAUGAUGCACAACAGCGUCAAUAAUAAUGCCAUCAGCAAUGGCAGCAAGGCUAGCCAGAGUCAGGUAGCGGCGGCGUCGAAUUACGGAAGCAGCCGGACGCACGGCGAUGAUGGGCUAUCGCAACACCAUCUGCACCACCAUCAUCACGCCGCCGCCGCCGGUCACCAUCAGCAGCAGCACCACCCGUCGGCGAAGGUGAUGAAGGGUCACAUGAAUGGACCGUAUGCCCACAAAGGGCCCGCUGUGAUGCAUCAACAACAAUCGCCUCACCAGCAACAUCAUCACCAGCAGCAGCAGCAGCAGCAACAGCAGCACCGUCUUCCGUUGCCACACCAGCAACAUCAGCCGGUAUCGCACGAUAUCAAGCAGCAGCGUGGAAUGGCGACAGCGUCGGUGCGAAGCACUCUUCUGAAAACGGUGCGCUUCCCGACCAUCAGCAGCAACGGUCCCGCUCCGGCCUAUACCAAUGGCGGUGGUGGUGGCAGUGGCAUGACGGCGCACGAUAGCAAUGGGAAUGAAAGGGAACCCUCUUCGCCAUCGGCCGUUCAUCCACCGGCGGCACCGACGAGUAGUGGUGGCAACACGGGAGCCGGGUCUGCCACCUCUUCCAGCGCCGGCAGUGGUGGCACCGGUACAGGGGACGAUAACCCGCGGAAGAUCAAACACCAGUCACCGAUCCCGGAGCGCAAGAACCUGUCGAAGGAGAAGGAAGCGGAGCGCUCGGAGUGCAAGGUGAAGCACUACUCGCCCCAGGCGUACAAGUUCUUCAUGGAGCAGCACAUCGAGAACGUGCUAAAGUCGUACUCGCAGCGCAACUUUCGCAUCAAGCAGCUGGAGAGCGAAAUGUCGAAGCUCGAUCUGCCGGAGGAGACCAAGAUCGAGAUGCGCAAGCUUCUGUGCCAGAAGGAGAGCAACUACAUUCGGCUGAAGCGCGCCAAGAUGGACAAGUCGAUGUUUGCCAAAAUCAAAACGAUCGGCGUCGGGGCGUUCGGGGAGGUGACGCUGGUGAAGAAGAUCGACACCACCAACCAUCUGUACGCGAUGAAAACGCUGCGCAAGGCGGACGUGCUGAAGCGCAACCAGGUGGCUCACGUGAAGGCGGAGCGGGACAUUCUCGCCGAGGCCGACAACGAGUGGGUCGUGAAGCUGUACUACAGCUUCCAGGACAAGGACAAUCUUUACUUCGUGAUGGACUACAUACCGGGCGGAGAUCUCAUGUCGCUGCUGAUAAAGAAAGGCAUAUUCGAGGAAGACCUGGCCCGAUUCUACAUCGCUGAACUGACGUGUGCCAUCGACAGCGUGCACAAGAUGGGAUUCAUUCACCGCGAUAUCAAACCAGACAACGUACUGAUCGACCGAAAGGGCCACAUCAAGCUGACCGACUUUGGUCUCUGUACCGGUUUUCGCUGGACGCACGACUCGAAGUACUACCAGAAGAAUGACCAUGCCCGGCAGGACUCGAUGGAAGCGUGGAGUAAGUUCGGCUCCGAUAUUCCACCACCACUAGAGAGGCGGAAGUUCCGCGAAAAGAAUCGCGCCAAGGCGCACUCGAUAGUGGGAACUCCCAACUACAUUGCACCGGAAGUGCUGCUGCGCAGCGGAUACACGCAGCUGUGCGAUUGGUGGAGCGUCGGUGUCAUACUGUACGAGAUGCUAGUCGGACAACCUCCAUUUUUAGCAAACACGGCAGAAGAAACACAGAUUAAGGUAAUACAUUGGGAAAAAACACUGCGAAUUCCAGCGGAGGCGCAGCUAACGCCAGAAGCCAAGGACAUCAUACUGGGGCUGUGCACGAAGGAGGAGGAUCGGAUUGGGCGCAACGUGGACGAGAUUAAAUCGCAUCCGUUCUUCCGGUCGAUCGACUUUAGCAAGGACCUGCGCGGCCAGCAGGCACUGUACGAGCCGAAGAUCAAGUACCCGACCGAUACGUCCAACUUCGAUCCGAUCGACCCGGGCCGGCUGCAGGACUCGUCGUCGUCCUGCGACGACGGUGGUCCGGGGGGCAACCUGGACGAACUGUGUGACAGCGGGAAACCGUUCCACCACGGGUUCUUCGAGUUUACCUUCCGGCGGUUUUUCGAUGACGAUUGUGAUCACAAAAUCACGCUCGACUCGAGCGAGGGACAGGCGGAAGCUAUUUAUGUAUGAUAAUUACUCUAAUAUUAUUAACUCUAUUAUCCCAUUUAUACAAUUACUGUACGUAAAGGAUAUAACAAAAGGAAAAGGGAAACCGCACGCGACAGACGCGGGUUGCGCUCGAGGACAGCGAAACACAGCGGAAACAACCCAUGCGUGCGAUAAACAGUAUCAAUCCGUCGCUCCCUGGCAAUAGCUUGUUCGGCACAGAGCAAGGCAGCAGCAUAAGUGCACUUACAAGGAUAUCAAGAGUGAUUCUUGGCUUUACAGAGAGAGAGAGAGAGGGAGAGUGAGUAUACAACACCGGUUCCUCUCCAGGAGAUAGAAACGAAAAUAGUUCGUUCAAAACUAGACACGAGUAAAUUAGCAAACGCGCCGUGCGGCUUCGUUAUUCGAGCUUAAAGAAAAGGGACGGGACGCUAUGCAAAACAAACGCCCCAGCGCGCGCACUGUGGGAGCUCAUACAGGUUUAGUUUCUCUUCCUUGGAUUAUCUCUACUACUAUUUUAUUAUUUUUUAAUACGCGAAUUCGUUGUACAGUGCAAAUAUGUGUGAUUCUGGAUUUAGAGAGUAUUUAGAGCGUAAGAGAAGAGAGGCCGGAUAGGGAAAGCGAAAAGAGCAAAACACCGGGGGGCAGGGUGGAAGCGUGAAGGGGCAACGAUAAACGAUAGAACCGUAUUCUGAAUCGUAAUACUCUACAAAAGCGAAAAUAUAACUAAAACGCGAACAACGGAUCGAAAAUCCCACACCGGAGG